UCUUUCUGUCUGUCUCUUUUUUUCUCUCUCUGUCUCUCUUUAUUUAUCACUCGCUCGCUAUUUAACUGGUACUCAGGUAUCACGUGAUAAACCUAUAACAUGGCUGCUGAAAUUAAGCCCGUUAGUCUUGGUAAGCAAGGAAAUGUACGAAAACCCGUUUUGGUUAACAAAUUGGAAGGUUACAGUGAUAAUGUCAACAUGGCUGUAUUUAUUCCCCACGAAGAUGGGGUGAUUAGCAUCUGUGAUGACAGGACUGUGAGAAUAUGGUUGAAGCGAGACACUGGACAGUAUUGGCCGAGUGUAUGCCAUUCUAUGCCCUCUGCUGCAACUGCUAUGGAUUAUAAUGGUGAAACCCGACGGCUAUUCGUUGGUCUAGAUAAUGGAACAAUAUCGGAGUUUACAAUUUCUGAAGAUUAUAAUCGGAUGACGCAUGUCAGGGAUUAUCUUGCCCAUUUUGGUCGAGUAAAUGCUAUUAUAUUUUCAUUGAGCUGUGAAUGGGUCCUCAGCUGUGGCCGGGACCGUUACUUCCAGUGGCAUUGUUCAGAAACUGGUCGACGAUUAGGAGGAUAUCAAGCCACUUCAUGGUGCCUCUGCCUUGAAUUUGAUGAGCAAUCAAAAUAUGCCUUUGUUGGAGAUUAUUCUGGACACAUAUCUGUGUUAAAAGUUAAAAACAACUGUUUUGAUUUAAUUACUACUUUCAAGGGACAUUCAGGAAGUGUACGUAGCCUGAGUUGGGAUUCCUCUAGAAAAUUACUCUUCUCUGGUAGUUUUGACCAAUCCAUCAUUGUGUGGGAUAUAGGUGGCCGAAGGGGAACUGCUUUUGAAUUGCAAGGACAUCAUGACAAAGUUCAAGCUUUAAUAUACUGCCCAAUUUCUAACCAAUGCCUGUCUGGUGGUGAUGAUUGUAUGGUAGCAUUUUGGAAUAUGUAUGGGAAACGAGUUGAGACUCCAGAUUGGGCUGAAAGUGAUAUUUGUCAAAAGUGUGAUGCACCAUUCUUUUGGAAUGUUCAGAAAAUGUGGGAGCAAAAAGUAAUUGGUAACAGACAGCACCAUUGCCGAAAGUGUGGUCGUGCUGUGUGUGGCAAGUGUAGUGGUAACAAGACAACUAUUCCUCCACUUGGUUAUGAAUAUGAAGUACGUGUUUGUGAUCAAUGUUUCUCUGGCAUAACAGAUGAGGAAAGAGCUCCUCUUGCAACAUUUCAUGAUGCCAAGCAUAGUAUUGUAUACAUGCAUCUUGAUGCAACACGCAAAAGACUCCUCACAGUUGGUAAAGACAGACUUAUUAAGAUGUGGGAUGUAAGUAGUGUACUACAUUGAAAACAGUUGCCACAGAUUUAAAAUGGACUUUAUGGUUACCUUACAUUUCAUAUUUCUCUGGUCUUCUCACUGGGUUAGUUGAACAACCAGUACAUGAUAACUCAAAAUCUCCAACAGAAAUUAAAUACUUAAAUCAAAAUAUUUCUUGUGAUCCUCACCUGGUUUGAGGCAACCUUGCCAGAGAGACUGAAAUCUUUUGAGAUUAAAUACCACAAAUUGCACCAUUCGAAAUUCUUGUUGCCAAAAGAGGCUCUAAAGAAUAAUGACUUGCAUUCUCCUGUCUGAUAUCAAGUAUUGAUACAUACAGUAUCAAUUUUUUUUUCUAUCCCUUCCCUCCUCAGAAUCAAUUUAAAAAUAAAGGACAUCAUGAUCACACUUUUCCACACACCUCCACAUGUAUUCUCAAAACAUUGCCCCCUCUCUCCAGUUCUCGCUACACAUUUAGUAAGUAGAAAGGAAAAAAGUGCUGAUACAAAAUACCAUUUUCUUUUAUAUAAUUUGUUAGUUAAUUUCAGCCUACUUUUCCCGUGUUUCAGAAAAAUGUUUAAAAAAAAAACCUUACACAUUCUUAAUGAGGCAGAAUAAUUACUUUCUUCCUAUUAAAAAUAUCUGUGUUAAAACAACAGACAUGUCCAAACUUUACAAAAGUAUAUUCAAUCUCACACUUUGCUUCCUUUCUGUUAAGACAUUAUCUGAAUUCUGACUAUAGUUAUUUGUUGCGAUAUAUUAAUCAGAAAAUCAUGGGGGUGGGACUACAUUUGAAAUUUACAUGUAUAUGAAAUGUGUGUGCGUGCGCGUGUGUGUGUAUGUAUGAGGUAUAUACUUUACACUAAACCAAAUGUUAGUUUAAUUGUACAUGCAAGAAGAGAUCUUUAUUGUCCAAAAUAACUAUUUUUUAAACAACUUUAUCCUCUAAUAUUCUUUGUAAAUUAUUUUGUUUUUCAAGUUUAGGAUUGUAUAUUAUAAUAAAUUACCUUGCAAUAUUUUUCUUUAAUAUAACGUUUUUGCAACCAGAUCGUUCUUUCUACAAGAUUUCCUGUCUUGUAAAUUUCCAAAAGUUAUUUUCAAAACAUUACGUAAAGCUUCUUGCUUAUAUAAAAUAAAGACUACAUUCACAAGGAAUGUUCUAAUUGGUAUAAUUAAUCAAACUUGAUCUAUGAGUUUCUAUAUGUUUGUUUGAAAAUUUUAUAGGAUAGAUUAGACACAUAAAACCAGUUUUAAUUCAUGUAUCUUACUCAACGUUUGACAAAAUGCUUGUCAGUGCUUUUGGUUGAUACUUAAAUUAUUGGUACUUCACUUUAAAUUGGUGAAGCAUAGAUUGUUAAUUCAACCCAAAUAUUGAUUAUAAGUGUUUACAUUUAAAAACAAUCCAUUUCAAUCAAUAUAAUAUAAAUGUACUUAAAUUGUUUGCUUGGUUUAACCCCCACCACCUGGCUCUUGAGUGCCUUUUACAGAAUUCACUGUUGCAUGUAUUUGGACCAGGUCUGAAGAAGAACCCAUUAUACUUACAGUAUUGCUUCCUACAGAAACAACUCAAGAGUGUUCCUUUUCCCUUAUUGGGAAACUCUGGGGAAAGGGCAACGACUGUAAUGUAUCAACUAAACUGAAUGCCAUUCAGUUAAAAGGAGUUUGAAGCAUUUGAGUGAAAGAGGAUUUAAACAUUCCAAAGAAAGUUUUAAGUGAUAUUUUGAGUCUAUGAAAUAAGUAUAUCAAUGUAUUUGUCAAGCAUAACUAUCAACUGAAAAUUAUAAGCAAAGAGCAUGUUUUACAUGUACAGAAGAAAACCAAGGGUGGGGUGGUAUUACCUUGUAUAGUUACAUUGUGUGUUGAAAUCCUGAUGAUGUUUAACAUUUUAUUCCCCUCCCCUUAAACUACAUAAAAGUGAAGCCAAUGUGUAAGACAUAAAUAAGAGGGUUAUACAAUGUUUUACUGUUUACUUUUGUUUCUGUUCUGAACUGAAAUUUUGUUUUGAUAUUUACCUUACAUCAUUCAGGAUAAAGUAAGUACCAGGCAUGGAUUAAUUACUCUGCUUCUCAUUCUUUACAAAUUUAUGGUGUUCUGACAUUGUAAGGAUUCAAGCAAAAUUAUUUAAAAGAUAGACUCCACACUUGGAGACAAACAUCAUUUUAGUUUGUUUUGUUUUUUUCCAUGUUUAUACUUAUUUUUACUGCUAACAGGUUUCACUCUUUUGUAGAGUUAUGUACCUUAGUUAGGACACCAGAAUGUAGUGAAUUUCAACUAAAUGUAAUAAGAGAAAGUAAUCACAUGGAGUAAAAAUAUCUUGUCAUGUACUGAAGAUGGAUCCUAGAAAGAAUUAUGAAAAACCAGUACAGCUCAAUUUUAUGCUGUUACCAGUAUGCUCAACCUCUAUCAGAAUAGAAAUUCUGGUAUACAAUUCAAAUGUGUCUUCUUGCCACUGCCUCUGUUCAUAUUGUUCUAAUGGGGGCUUUCAGAAUUUUUCCACUGGAUUUUGAUUGACCUAAAGCUUGAAUUCAAAGAAUGCUUUGAGGUUGUCUACAGUGGAAUAAACAAAACACUAGACAAUAGGUCUGUCUUCUGAAUACAUUCUAAAAGUUUUUUUUUUUUGUUUGGUAAAAUUUAGUUGGAAGGGGCCAUGCUUGUGACAUUUACUGUUCUUUUAAGAGACAGUAUGAAUAAGGUGAGUUAGAUGAAUUUGGUGUAAGUGCUGGCACUUAGUUCAGAGAAGUAAAAGAAACUAUGGAAUAGUGGUUGCAGAGGGAUUUGCUCUUCAUUUUUCAUUUAUUAUAAAGUCCAGGAUUUGUGUGUGGUAGUGGCAUUAUACCAGAUGUCAGCAGUAUCGUUAUGUUGUUCAUACUUUUGCUUUACAGAUAGUCAGCAAUUAACGAACAUUGCAUUCUGCUCUGGCUCUAAAAGGGCUGUACUAGGAUACAGAUAUGACUAUCUUAAGAUUGCCAUGGCAAUACAGAUAUUGGUGACUUGUGUAUAUAGACUGAGUUGGGGUUUUAAGCUUGUUCUUAAUAUAUAUAUAGACAAUUCAAAGCAAAUUGAGCUUAUGGUCAAAUGAAAAAAACUUAAGUGUAGAUUUUCAUUUAGCUACAAGUCACUUUUCUGUAUUAGUCAGACAAUGAAAUGCACCCAGUUUACACUAUAAAGUAGUUGCUUGCUAACAGGAAAGGCAUCCAACAGAAGCUCAAUCUUUAAUUCUCUCUAUCAUCAGAAGUUGCUGGUUUCAUUUUUUUUCUAGUUUUCAUGGGUCCUCUGCACUUAAAGCCUCAGUUUCUCAAUCCUGUAGCAUUGCUGUUCAUACGUAGGCAUCAUACAAUCUGCUUUUCACUCAGAGAGAGAUGCCUUUUGUUGCCAACAGAGGUAAAAGUUCUCUAAACUUUCUCCAGCCAGUUUUUAUUCUAGCAACUCUACUUUCAAAUAAAUAAAAUAGAGUAAUAAGUUAGUGUUUACACUUGUUUUAUAGAGUAAAGUUAGAUAAGAAAGAAAAAUGUAUUUAUGUUUGGGUUGAGUGAAAGGCCAAGCACAAGUGAACCGAGAUGGUAAAAGGGCAUUAAAGGAUUUGGCUGAAGUGUGAGAAGAUACUGCAAGUAAUAUGAAACUGAAUGACACCUACUGAGAGAAAAAGUAAUGAGAUACAAUUGGAAGUAUCUGGGGAAAGACAGAUAUGGAAAGUUAUAGUGAAGUCAAAUCCAAGGUGGAUGGGUCUAAAAAUUUAACCUAAAAGUCAGGUAGGUGAAAAAGUGCUAGACUGGGGGCUCACUGAUGGCAGCAUGGACUAAAACUUGUUAAAAUGACGUCUAUUCAAUCUAGUAAUGGACUCAUCCUGUAGUAACUUAAUUUUGUUUCCAUUUUCCUUAGAUUCAAUUCUUUAUCAAAUUGUGUCUAAUGUGAAUGUCAAAAGUUCCUUUAAAUGGAAGAAUAAGUUGAAAUUGUACAAAGAGAAGUACAUUUUAACAAACUUUUAAUCUUCACAACUUGCGUUCCUUUCACUGCUAUUCAGUACAACAACUUGACAUGUCUACAAGUUACAACAGAUAUCUUUAAAAUAAAUAUCAAAUAUAAUCAAUAUGUUAAAGACAAAGAACAAUUCUUUUUACAUCAAUAAAUAUUUAAAUGAUUUUAAUUUGGCUUAUCUUCUAUAAUUAUCAUUUUAAGUGAUACCCUAGUUGAAAGUGUUAUACUAUUUCAAGAGCAAAUAUUUUCAUGUCAAAGAUUUGAAAAAAAAAAAAUUUUUGGAGAACAUUGGUAAAAAACAUUGAAUUAGUUGAACAGAGAGAUGUUUGUUUAUAUUUCAAUCCAAAUAUUUAUUGUUUCACCACAGAAGAAUCAUAAACACUAGCUACAUAGCUAUUUCAUUCAACAUUUUGCUUGAGAGAAACAUCCAUUUGACAGAAAAAUAGAUGAACAGACCAAAAGAUUGGAUUUUUUUUUUAAGUGCUACAGCUUACCUUUUAAUCAUUUUGUUUAAAUCCAAAUAUACAAUUCUACCAAUUCCACUCAACUGAAAGUGAAGUGGAGAAAAGGAAGUGCCUGUCAGCACUUGGAUUAAUGAUGACAUGGACAAGGAGGCAGCAGGAAGAAGAGAAAAAGUAUUAAAUGUUCUGAAGAGAGUUACACUUAGUUGACAGAAGUCAAGUAAUAAAAGACUUGUUCAAAAUUAACAAAACAUUCAGAGAUGACUGCAAUCUAAAAUUGAACUUAAUCAAAGCCUUAGUCACUGUCAACAAAUUGAAAGCCAGCUAAAAUAGGAUAUAAUUUCCUUAGUGUAUAAAGGAUUAUCAUUCAACUGGAAAGUUCAACAUAGCACAUCAACAUUUUCCAAAGCGUUUUUUUUUUUAUAUUUUUAAACCUCUCUUUUCAAAACUUUAACAUAUUCUCACAAUAGUAACUUCAUAGAAGUGGCAGAAAAAGCAGCAUUCCGGAGGAAUAACAACAUAAGAAAUUAGCUAGAAUACGAAAUUAAUAGCUCUCAAAAAAUAGACACAAAAACUAAAAAUAAAAUAGUUUUUGACUUUUUCUGUCAAUCAUUAUAAACCUAACAACAAGAAUACAAAAAUGUCUGUGAAAAAAUAAAUUCUGGUAGAAAAAAAUGUUCAAAACAUUCUUGCAGGUAUAUUAUCUUAUUUUUCCACACACAACUAUAGAGUAGUAUUCAUUAAGUUUAGUCUACUAAUGGUAACUUUUUGAAAUGUUUCUGUAUGUGUGUGUGUGUCUGUCUGUGUGAAUGAAACAAAGUAACUGGAACAAUAAAAUAUUAAUUUGCAAAAUGAACUUGAAAUGCAAAUCACACUGAAUGAAAUAAAAUUUAAUAUUUCAGCGCAACAUGUACGAAAUCCUAUUCAAAUAUUCCAGAAUCCAUCUGAUGAACAAUUAAACUAUUCUAUAGUGUCCAUUUCGAUAUAUAAGAGAGAGAGAGAGCAGUACUGAAUGGCUCAGAGCAUACUCCUCAGCCCAUUUGAAACAGGCAGGUAUAUUUUAGAAGAAAAUAUUCUGACGAUAUAAUUAACAUAUAUAUACCAGCAAAAUAUGAAAGCAAGUAGAAAUAAAACCCUAAACUUAAGACUAAAUUUCAUGUGUAAAUUUUCUCAAGAUAUCAGGUACCAGCUGUUGUACUGAGAUGUCCAAGAAAUAUGUCUAGUUGAGCUGGCAAACAGUUAUUCUUUUAAUUUAAAAAUGAAUAUAAAGUAAGGUUAACUGGUGCAGUAGAAAGUUCACAUGAAAUUAUAAAUAUAUCUAACAAAGCACAAAAUUUGAUAUAGACGAGUUCCAAUAAUUAUACUAAAUAUUAAUUUUUGAGAUUCACAUUUGAAUUUUGUUUGAUUAAUUUCAAUAAAUAAAAAUAAAAA